ACUUAUUAAAACUAGAGAGUUAUAUGAAGAUGAUGAAAAUAAGAUUAUGACAGCAGGACUCUCACUGAUAAAAAAAAGUUUAAAGAUGAAGAACUUGAGGAUUGAAUCUAUGGAGUUUCAGACUCUAAGGAUGAAUACUAGUUUGGAGAUGUACAGUCACUUUUUUCUUUUUCUGACUUCUCUUACUUCUGACGAAAAGACAGAUGAAGAUCAUGAUAACAUCUUGGCUAGUUCUUUAUCACCAUUACAUCAAGAUUUGGAUAAACUUACUCUUA